GCAUCGCCGAGUCGAUCGAAGAUCUCUCGCUCUCCGAGAUUCCACAUCUGACACGGGACGUGGUCACACUACAGACAGACUCAAGAUGCAGAGAAUCUUCGCAGCUUUCCUCGCUCUGGUGCUCCUUGUUGCCGUGGUCGCAUCAGUACCACUCGACGAGGAGGAGAACGCUUUGCCAGACCAAGAGGAUCUGAUGGCGCUCGAAACUUACCUACAAAACAUAGACAAGCGGAGUUGCAUGACAAGAGGUCGCUGCAGCUAUUCGCGUAAUGACUGCUGCCGAGGAUAUAUCUGCAAAUGCAAUCUCUUCAAGCAAAACUGCAAGUGCGAACGUAAAGGAAUCUUCGGCUGGGGGAAAUAAAAUCGCAAAUAAAAUUCCAAAGUAACGACCUGUUUGUCGCGAUGCAGACAUGAUAUUCGAAAGGUAUUUUGUAAAACACUCGUGUAAACUCGGAUGUCUUCGUGCCUUCACGCCUAAACACAUGCAAACCACAGACAGUAAUCAACAUAAAACACGAGAAUGUGAUCUCACCCCAUUCUUAUCUGAAUAAAACUAGAGUCAUGGAACAUUUUACAACAGCACGAAAAGUGGGGCACUUGGCACGCCAUUUAGCGUUGUCUCGGUCUUCUGUGAUUGACUGGGAUUCCUUCUAUAUCGUCUAAGUAUAGUCUAAGCCGAUGUUUAAUGUUGAAACGUGUAUGUAUAAAACGUCAAAUAAAUAUUACGUUGUAAUAUCAGAAUCUCACUGUUCUCAAACAAGUAAAAUACUUUCAAGUAAUAUCAUCCGUAAGUCCACAAACAACUUCACAGGUGUUGUGCAAAGGAACUGUCUUAAAUUAUUGAAUAAAUGGUGCGGUAUUAAACAAAUAAUGUAUUAUUAUCUACCUUUCUUGGAAUAUUCUGUUCGACCAUUUUUACAGAGUACCACCAUUGCUCCACCUAUCAGAAUAUAAUCAGUUCCGUGUAAGUACUGUCUUGAGCCUUAUACUACAGACAGGAACAGAAGGCCUUUCGGUGUUACACGUAACAACUAUAAGAUGUUAGGAUGGGGUACAUGGCUGUAAAGUUGAUUGAGCAGGAAGAUGGCUGCAAACGAAUGUCAACAGACAACUUUCACUGAAAUGUGUUGUACAGUAGAGAAUAAUAUAACGUGUUAUUUGCCUCACCUUUUAGUCGUUUCUGUGAGUGUAGCUGGAGAGUGUUUUAGUAACUUAAUAUUCCCCAAUAAGCAUCCGUGUGUAUCUUGCCCUCUUGUGUAAGUGUAGUUUUUUGUAGCUUAUCAUUUAUCGUGUGUUCAGUUGGUGUUAAUAAAUAUAGUUCUAAGACAACGA